AUGAGGUCUUUUGGAUUUAUCACGGUUGCGGUGGCAACCUUGCUGCCAGUAGCCUGCAAUGGAAAGACGAUCAUGGACUAUCUUCGCACAGAUGACCGCCUGUAUGAAGCCCGCGCAAUUGCCGAAGAAGCAGGUAUUUUGGACGACAUAGAUCCAAGUCGUUUUGGAACUCAGUUGACACUCAUGCUCCCGUCAAAUGAAGCAUUUGACCAGCUCAAUGCUGAGCAUCCUAAGUGGCGUCAGGCGCUCAUCAACAACAAGCAAAACGUUGAGACCCUUAUCCUCUUCGCGGCAAGCGAUAUGGUAGUUACCCCUGCGUCAAUUAGAAGCGGCAAAUGGGAGGCUGAGGGCUCCAUUGUUUCACUUCUUUCCGAGACUGCCAGCAUUGCCUCCGAUGGCUACGUUUGCGUUAGCGACUACACGAGGACAGCCUCUUGCGACGACCCCGACAGCUUGCCUUGUUGCGCUAUGGUAGACCUCGACAAUGUCAUAAAGGCGGAAGAUGGAUAUAUUUACUUGGUUGAUGCUGUUAUGAUGCCACAAGAGAUUGUCGACAAGCUUCCAUGA